AUGUGUAGAAACCUUGGGGAAAAAGAGUCUCAUACUCUUCAAUUCAUGCAUACAUAUAUAUAUAUCAGUUUUUUCCCGUCUCUCUAUACUACUUUCUUUCAAAUAAAAAUACCAUUUACUACACUCUCAAAUAUGUCGUCAAGAUAUGAACGUAUGUUCUCAGGCUCAGCCUUGAGAUUAGCCAAUUAUGUUGAUAAGUUACCGAAGAUCUACAACGUUUACUUUAUUGCUAGUAUUUCAACUGUUGCUGGUUUGAUGUUUGGAUUUGAUAUUUCAUCAAUGUCAGCUUUCAUUGAUGCUGGACCGUACGGGAGCUACUUCAACCACCCUGGAUCUACAUUACAAGGUUUUAUUACUGCUUCCAUGGCGUUGGGCUCCAUUUUCGGUUCGAUUGCGGCUUCAUUUGUCUCUGAGCCAUUUGGAAGGAGAUUAUCCCUAAUGAUUUGUUCAUUAUUAUGGAUUAUUGGCGCUUCUGUCCAAUCAUCUUCCCAAAAUGUUGCACAGUUGAUUAUUGGUCGUAUAAUUUCGGGUUUAGGAGUUGGGUUUGGGACUUCUGUUGCUCCAAUAUAUGGUGCUGAAAUUUCACCACGUAAAAGAAGAGGUGCAGUCAACGGACUAUUUCAGUUUGCUGUUGCAUUAGGUAUUUUGAUCAUGUUCUUUUUCUGUUACGGUGUUGGUCAUAUAAAUGGCGUUGGUAGCUUUAGAGUCGGAUGGGGAUUCCAAAUCGUGCCAGGGUUGCUACUAUUCCUUGGGUGUUUUGCAAUCCCAGAAUCACCACGUUGGUUAGCUAAGCAAGGUAGGUGGGAACAAGCUGAGGAUAUCGUCACGAAGAUUCAAGCACAUGGGAACCAUGAAGAUCCAGAAGUAUUGAUUGAGAUAGCCGAAAUCAAAGAGCAAUUGUUAAUUGACCAAGAAGCAAAGGCUAUUACUUACUUCACUUUAUUUACAAAGAAAUAUCUUAAGAGGACUUUUACAGCAAUGUUUGCCCAAGCGUGGCAACAAUUGACGGGUAAUAACGUGAUGAUGUACUAUAUUGUAUAUAUCUUCAAAAUGGCAGGCUAUGAAGGAGACAGCAACUUAAUUGCAUCGUCGAUUCAGUACAUAUUGUUUGUUGUUUGUACCGUUCCUGCUUUAUUUUUGUUUGACAAGUUUGGAAGAAGACCAUUGUUAAUAGGCGGAGCCAUAAUGAUGAUGAUAUUCCAAUUUGGUCUCACUGGUAUUCUAGGUCAGUAUGCUAAACCUUGGCCAGAUUCAGGAAACGAGUCCGUCACGAUCAAAAUUCCCAGCGAUAAUAAAGCAGCGGCUAGAGGUGCCAUCGCAUGUUCCUAUUUGUUUGUUAGUUCUUUUGCGGCUACAUGGGGUGUUGGUAUUUGGGUUUACUGUGCUGAAGUUUGGGGCGAUAAUAGAGUAUCACAAAGGGGUAACUCAUUGUCUACUUGCUCCAAUUGGUGCUUCAACUUUGCGCUUGCUAUGUAUACUCCAGUCGGGUUUAAAAAUAUAAACUGGAGAACAUACAUAAUAUAUGGUGUCUUUUGUCUUACAAUGGCAAUACAUGUGUAUUUGGGCUUUCCUGAGACAAAAGGUAAGAGAUUGGAAGAAGUUGGUCAAAUGUGGGAUGACAAGGUGCCUGCUUGGAGAUCUGCCUCAUGGAAACCAAUCAUUCCUAUUGAUCCUGAUUCUGAGUUGGCAAGAAAAUUGAGUGUUGAUCAUGUUGAGCAUAUUGACUUUAAAGAAAGAGAAAGUAUUGUUGUCGAUAACACUAGUUCAGCCGAGAGUAAUGAUAUUUAA